AUGAAGAAAAAGGCAUCAACACUUCAAAAAAGCAAAGAAGAUGAAAAGCCACAAAGCAAGACAACCACUCAAGAUAGCCACCCCAAUAACAAGGAUGAUGUAAAGCCACAACAGGGGAUCAAGAAUGAAGGAGUGAAAGCCUAUGUACCCAAGCUUCCAUACCCAACCAGCAUACACAAAGGAACGAAGGAUCAACAAUUUCCAAGGUUCUUGGAAAUCUUUAAGAAACAUGAAAUCAACAUUCCAUUGGCAGAAGCUUUAGAACAAAUGCCAUUAUAUGCGAAAUUUCUUAAAGAAUUAAUCACCAAAAUAAGAAGUUGGCAAGAAAAAGAAACAGUGAUUCUCACUCAAGAUUGUAGUGCCAUUAUUCAGAGGGGACUGCCACCAAAACUCAAGGACCCAGGCAGCUUCCUCAUACCAUGCACAAUUGGGAAUAUAGCCAUUGACAAAUCACUCUGUGACCUGGGAGCAAGCAUUAACUUAAUGCCUCUCACCAUGCUGAAGAAAAUGAUGAUAGAAGAGUUGAAACCCAUAAGGAUGUCACUCCAACUUGCUGACAGAUCUAUCAAAAUACCAAAUGGUGUAGUUGAGAACCUCUUCGUGAAAGUGGGAAAUUUUAUAUUCCUAGUCGAUUUUGUGGUCCUAGAUAUGGAUGAAGAGGGGAGCAACUCAGUUAUCCUUGGUAGACCCUUUUUGGCCACAGCCAGAACAAUCAUUGAUGUGGAAAAAAGAGAGAUGAUUUUCAGAGUACAUGAUGAGAAAAUGACCAUAAAUGUCUUCAAAUCAAUGCAGUAUCCCACUGAGAAAGAAAGUUGCAUGAGGGUUGAUGUGGUGGAUUCUUUGGUUGAAGAAGUAUUUGAAACAAACCGUCAAGUGAAAUAG